AUGCCGCUCUCGUCUCGACAGCUCUCAUCUCCCUUGCGCCGCUCUCGUCUCGCCUGCUCCGCCGCCCCAGCCGUGCUCUCGUUCCCCUGCUCCGUCGUGUCCAUGGCGUUCUCCGGCGGAUCUGGUGGUUCCCGCCUUCAAUCUCCAUCUGUUCCCUUGUUCUUUAUCCCUGAAAGUCGAUUGAGACUCGUUCGUAGCAUCCUCGACGCAUCUCCGUCUUCUGUCCGUCGUUCUCAUCGUCGGCCGUCGCCACCUCCGGGGCUCCGGUCUCCGUUGAGGUACCGGGGGUGUGCAUCUGGUCCAUCUCAUCGUCGUUUCCGGCGUUCCGGCUCUAGAGCCAUCGAGGAACCGGAGACGACAAAGAUGGCCCAAGGCGUAGGCGACGCCGAUGAAGGGGAGUUUGAUCACUCCCAGAACGACGAGCUGUGGAUGUGCGGGUUAGCCGGGGAUGAUGAGGAGGACGAUGUCUGCGAGGACUGCGCCGAGCUAUUUGGGCGGUCUGCUGCUGAUCCCCUUCCCUGUGACCAAGAUGCGGUCCCGGUCCACGGGGAAGGGGCCGACCCCGAUGCCGACGGUGGCGACAGUGAGUGUCAGGACCGGCACGGGGCACGCUGGGUUGUCGUGCCGACACGGCACGCCAGGCACGGUCCAGCAAGUUUAGUGCCGUGCCUGGGCCUGAACUCCGGCAUGGUGGCACGGCACGGCACGGCACGCCUCAUCAACCGUGCCUGCCGUGCCCAGGCGGGCUAG